CGGAUUCCAACCGCCACCGGGCACGAUGUCAUACCAGGAGCGUCUGGGCUGUGCACUGCAUCAUUCUUCGUCUCACGUCGAGGUGCGCUCGCAGUCGUCGUCAGCAUCCUCUCAUCUCCGUAACAAUCCCAUCCCCAGAAUCGACAAUGAUAUAGACGGCACUUUUGGGUUCCAUAUUUCUGCUUUCGACUUCAUUCUUUGUCCGCGGGCCGCUAAACUCUUCAUCCCGCGCCCUCCCGUUCCCCAGGCGGCAGGAUUAUCGUGCACCUCACCAAGCAAUGUCAAGCCCUUUAGAUCACAGUGGUGCGCGCGACGCGCUCGCCUUCCCCGUCUACGAAGACACAGAAACACCCCCGGACAGGCUGAAUUCUCCCUUCUGGUCCCGCCCAACGACCUACCGCCGCAGCACCUCCUUGACCUCCCAACAACGACCCGCCGCCCGCUCAUGGUACGGUCGCGCUUUCAGGCGGUACAAGAAGUUCGACCGCUCGGCCCGCAAGCAAUUCAGCAAGCUCACGCCUGUGCAGCAGGUUCUGCUGGCGAUUGCGGGCGUCGUGGCCAUUGUGCUCGGCGUCCUGCUGCUUGUGUACAAUGAACGCAUCUUCGCCGCGCUGGAGCCGUUUGCGAAGAAAUGGAGGGACCUGCCGGCCGGCUGGCUGAUUCUCUGGGCCAUCACAUUCGUGGUGUCGUUCCCUCCGCUCAUUGGGUAUUCCAGCUGCGUAACGCUGUCCGGAUUUGUGUACGGCUUUCCACACGGUUGGUUCAUUGUUGCGACUGCUACGGUUGUGGGAAGCACGUGCUCGUUCCUGGCCUCCCGCUACCUCCUGCAAUCCUACGUGGACAGACUUGUGAAGAAUGACUCUCGCUUUGCCGCUCUAGCACUGACCCUCAAGCACGACGGCAUGAAACUGCUCAUCAUGAUUCGUCUUUGCCCUCUACCCUACUCGCUCUCAAACGGCGCCCUGUCCACCAUUCCAACCGUAAGCUGGCAGUCUUUCCUCAUCGCUACCGCAAUCAUCACUCCUAAACUCUUGCUGCAUGUUUUCGUUGGCGCAAAGCUUGGAGAGCUCGCGGAGAAGGGCAAGGAGAUGGACUUCCACACUAAGAUGAUAAGCUACAUCAGCAUCACCAUCGGUGUUGCUGCCGGUGCGCUGACCGGAUUUGUGAUCUACACACAGACAAAGAAGCGCGCUGCGGAGCUAGAGGAGCUGGAACGAGAGAAUGCGCACAGGACCAGCAGGGAUGCAUUGAGAGCCGAAUAUGCAGACGACCCUGCCGCCCUGGAAGCUGCGGAAGCUUUGAGGGAGGAUGAGGAUGAUAUCAGCCUCCGGGAGGCAUGGGAUGAUGACUACGGAUCAGACGAAGGCGAUGCAUUUAAUGAAGGAACUUUAUCGCCGUACAGGGAUGAAUUGUCUGGCGAUGAGGAUGCAAGAGAGGUGGCCGAAAACAUCUUCGACGAUGGAGAUAACCUGUCGGAAACAAAGAAAUAGAGCAGAAGCUGAGGAGUACAUCACUGUUUUUUUUAUUACGACCCGGCGAUGCAAUGCCCCGCCUCGCAGACGUCACGAUCACAUUGAUUAUGGGCACGUGUUACCAUAUUUGUUGCGCUGUUUUGUAUGACUGUAGAGGUUAGAACUUCAAUUGUGCAUGGGGAUGGCGGCACCCCCUCCGAUCAAAGAACACAUCUCGACAAA